CUUCGGCCGACACUUGCUUACCUGCCCACACUCUUGAAUAUUUACUUACAAAUCUCAAAGCAACUUACACCGCCCAGCUCUUGUCAGUAUGUCGAAUAGGAAAGACCACGGCCUGAAGCAGCACGGCCUGUCGGACGACGCCGUGGAGGCCGGACACGACUUCAUUCACGACGCCGAGGUUGAGGAGGAGAGGAGACACAGUGGUGACCAGAACACGAUGCCCUCGCUGGCCUCGCAGCAGAAGAAAGGCGUGAACCUCGAGGGAAUGCACCCGAGCGAGCCGGCGGGAAAGGAGAAGACGAGCAAGAAAGCCUAGCCCAGGCGUCGUCGUCGUCUUGGAUGCGCGCAGCUUUACUGUAGGCGCGGCUCGUUUGCUUCGCGGUCCGACGGGCGUCACACAAGGUGUUCGUUCUGCUUCAAAACAUCCAGAUUGAAUAACCAAGGCUUAUUGUAGUGAUUGCUGAUGGGGGGCAUUUACCGUAAUUGUUCCGAAAACCUGCUACUUCUCAUCAACAAAGGGCUAUUUUGCAACACGUUGAAACCAAAUUAGUACUUAAGCGUUUGUUUACUUAUGAAAAUAUUCCUUGAAAUAUGCCUCUUUUCUAAU